GGGCCUGGACGUGGCAAUGGCCCUAUCCUUGCCUAGUGGUCUCACCGGGAAUGAUAUUGACUGUGCCCCCUGCCCGGGACAAACGCUCGGGUAUGGACACGACAGUGGCUCUACCCUUGCACUUGAUGAUCUCAAGCAACCAUGAGUAGGAAGUCCUGUCCCCAUUUUCCAGAUGAGGAAGCUGAGGCUCAGAGAAGCACAGGGACAUGUCAAAGGACACACAGCAUGUCACUGGGAGGCCCAGGGCCAGGGCCCAAGUCUGCCUGCACCCCGAAGCGGGGACGGCUUCUCCCUUCCUCUGAGUUCACGGUAUGGCUCAGCCCUGGGCACAGAUAAAUGUGGUGUUUUUAGAGCAGAGAGGAGUGCUGGCUCCCCCUAGUCAGACCCCCAGUGCCCAGGUGGGAGAGGCUGGUCUGAGGCUGCCGGGUGUAGCUAGAUGGGCCUCAGGUGACUCUUCAACCCCCAACUUGGGUGUCUGAACCGUGCGUUAUCCCCGAGCACAGAGCUCUGUGGAGGUGCAACGGUAACUGGGGCGUGGGAUGCUCCAAGCACAUGUUUGAGCUCUGAGGAAGGCGCUGGGUAAGGAGGGUGCUGCGGGAAGCCUGACCCCACCUGCCUGUGUGGUAGGACCGGGCCCUGCCCCUGGCAGUGACUAUGGGCAACCGUAAGGCGGAGCCGCAGCUGCAGCUGUGCAACAAGCUGGUGGCACUGCUGGCCAUGCUGGAGGAGCCCCAGGAGGGCUUGGAGGUUGCCCACAUUGCCCUAGCACUCAGCAUCACUCUGGGAGACCGGCUGAAUGAGCAGGUGGCCUACCACCGGCUGGCCGCCCUGCACCACCUGCUGGGCCAUGGCAAGCUGGCGGAGCACUUCUACCUCAAGGCCCUGUAGCUCUGCAACUCACCGCUGGAGUUUGACAAGGAGACCCUCUACUACGUGAAGGUGUACCUGGUACUUGGUGACAUCCUCUUCUACGACCUGAAGGAACAGUUUGAUGCAGCCGGGUACUACCAGCUGGCACUGGCAGCCGCUGUGGACCUGGGCAACAAGAAGGGCACAGCUGAAGACCUACACGCGGCUGGCCACCAUCUCCCACAACUUCCUCCUGGACCACGAGAAGUCGCUCUUCUACCAGAAGGCCAGGACCUUCACCACAGAGCUCAAUGUCUGCAGGGUCAACCUGCCUCCUCUGCCACUCUGCGGGUGGGCCCCCUGGUUGGCCCCAGCCACCCUCGCUGAGGACAGCAUCCGAGGGAGUGGGUUUUGUGCAAGGAGGAUGGUCUCCUGCCUCUCCUGGUGUCUCCCGUGGCUCAUUUUCUGGGAAAUGGAGGCAUGAAAGCAGGGUUCAAAUAGCAAUGUUUUUUUGCAAUAACAUACUGAAGUACCCAGAGCUUCCUUCCCUGUGUGCUUCCUGGGCGGUGUCUGGGGCCAGCUCCUUCCCUGGUGGCAGCCCUCUGAUCUUGGGGAGAAGGACCCUGAGUCCAACAGACCUGGGCCAGUUCACCAUGAGCCUCGGUUUCCUUGGCGGCCAGAGGGGAGACGGUGGUAGAACUCCCUGGGCAGCUCCCUGCUCUCCCUGCUCAGAGCUUUUGCUGUAGGUCUCGUGCCGCCCUUGCCUUUAUCCUUCAGGCCACUGUGCCCGCAUGUGGGGGCUGCUAGUGCCCCUGUUCGCCAUUGAAGAAACAAAGGCACAGAGAGGUUAGGUGUCUCGCCCACCGUCACACAGCAGGUAGGGGCGGAGACACAGAGCCCAGUACACUGACCACCACACCACCCUGCCAGCUUGCUGCCAGGAAAGUGUCCCCCAUUAGGACCCAAGGUCAGCUCCUGGACCUCUCUUGUGGUGUCAGGAGAGCCACAGGCCAGUGAGGGUGGCCCCGGGGAUCCCUCACUCAGUGUCCUCUGCUCCCAGACUUGGCUGGGCUGAGCCUGGCC